CAUUCUUUUGUAUAAUAGGCCUAAUCGACAAGGGGGUCGAUGUUGAAAUAAAUAAGAAUGCAACUUGCAUUGGUGAUUACGCAUGAAUUAAUGAUUCACCUAUUAAAGUUAUUAGACCGACGAUUAUCUUGAUCAUUCUGGAGCUUAAAAUUCAGAAGAAAUGGUGAAAGAAAUGGCAGUUCUAAAAGUAUGUUUUUAUUUUCUGCUUAUAAUCCCCCUCGCCAGAGCGGAUAUGCCCCCUUGUGCUAAUACGGAAACAGAGGCAGUAUAUCGUGGUCGUAAUCGGUGGACAUUGCCUGACCCCUUACUGGCUUAUAACAACACCGACAUGCACAUUUGUUCCGUUUUCUGUCGAAAAAACACUCAGUGCAAGUCGUUCGCGUUCGCAGACGGAACCUGUAGUCUGUAUACAAUCCAGGUGGCCAAAAAUACACGACGACUUGUACGAGACGAGUCUUCGGUUCACUUUGAUAGCCUGCCAAUACCGAACCGAUCACCAGGAAAGAGUUAUUUUGGAGCAUGUUCUAAUGGCAAUUUGUGUCAACAUGGAUCAAUUUGUGAGAAUGAUUGUACUGAUCGGGGAUACAGUUGUGUAUGCGCUAAAGGUUUUCGAGGUAUUAACUGUGAGCAUGUUGAAGUUACAUCAGCGUACUUCAAGGUAUCAACGCAAGAAAAAUUCUCCUGUACCGGACAUACAAAAACUAGUGUCGUAAGAUGCAGUCGUGCGUGCGUGCUAUCAGCCUCGUGUAUCGCAUUUUACGAUUGUGAAGAAUGCGUAUUGAUAACCACCUUAGAGAACGUGACCAACGUGCAGUUUAUUAAGUAUAGUAGACUACAGUAG